AUGGAAGAAGCACAAAGGCACAUCAAGCUUUCCAAGAAGAAUGCAACCGGUGUUGCAUUAGUUGUUGGUGACCCAGGACGAGUUGACAAAAUAAAAGUAUUAUGUGACUCGUAUGUAGAUUUAGCAAACAAUAGAGAAUACAAAAGUGUAGAAUGUACCUAUAAAGGAAAGAAAUUUUUAUGUGUAAGUCAUGGUGUCGGAUCAGCUGGUUGCGCUAUAUGUUUUGAAGAAUUAAUUAAUAUAGGAGUAAAAGUAAUUAUCCGUGCAGGAUCUUGUGGAUCUUUACAACCAGAUUUAAUAAAGAGAGGAGACUUAUGUGUAUGUAAUGCUGCUGUUAGGGAAGAUAGAGUUACACAUAUGAUGAUUCAUUCAGAUUUCCCAGCUGUUGCAGAUUACGAAGUUUAUGGUACAUUAAUAAAAUGUGCUGAAGAAUUAAAUAUUAAAGCUCAUACUGGUAUUAGUUUAUCCUCUGAUUUAUAUUAUCCACACAAAAUAAUACCAACAAGAUUGUUAGAUUAUUCAAAAGCUAACGUCGCAGUCGUUGAAAUGGAAUUAUCAACCUUAAUGGUUAUGGGUACUUUAAAAAAUGUAAAGACUGGUGGUAUUUUUAUUGUUGAUGGAUGCCCAUUAAAAUGGGAUGAAGGUGAUUUUGAUCAUGUCUUAGCUGCUGACAGAUUAGAGAACAUGAUAAAAAUCAGCUUAGAAGCAUGCUCAAGAUUAGCUGAUAAAUACAAAAUCUGA